AUUCUUUCUAUUUUUCUCGUUUAUUUUGGCGAAGUUUGGGGUGCUUGAUUUGAUACUCAAUUCGUUGAUGAUAUCAGUGGUUUCAUUCACUUGUUUAGGGUUUUCCGAAUUUAAAAAUUGAUUGUUUCGAUUUUACUAUUCGUCUCCACUGGAUCCUCAGAAACCAAAAAAAGGUUCAAACUUGAUCGUUUUUCCGUUUUAUGCUGUUUGGAGGGAAGAGGGUUUUCACUUUCCUGAACAACGAGGACUUCAAUUUGUUUUUCUUUUCUUGUGUCAAUACUUUUUUUAGCAGCCAAACAGUGCAUAAAUGGAAACAAUUGGACUUCUCCCUUUACAUGUUGGAUCUUAAAAAAGACAACAAAAGAAAGAGUAUAUAAAUAGGAAAUUGAUUUCACAGUCAUAAGAAUCGUGUUAUACAAAGCUCUCUUCCACUUUACUAUAUCUGUUUGUGGUAUCGUGGAGCUAGUUGUUGGGUUUUAUGCUUUUUCAACCCACCCACAGAAAGACCAUUUCAAACAAGAAAAAAGUCGAAGCCAGCUUUAUCGAGAAAGCUAAACGUAGCAUUGAACAAUUAUCCUCUAGGUUUUGUUUGGUUGUGUAUGCUAUAUGUGAAAAAGAAGGUGGUGGAAAAGAGAGUACACUUGAUAAAAAGUGGCUGUUGAUCUUUUUUCCUUGCCUAAAGUGGGCGAUUUUCUUUGAGAAAAAGGGACUACCCUCUUUGAAUUAUGUGGGCAACCUGAUUCAGCUCUCUACCAUAUCAGAAUAUGAUCUGGGGGGAGAAGGGGAUCUUUUCAAGGCUCCAGAACCGAUCAUUGAAGAACCUAUUAUUGGUAUUGAUCCCAUGACAGUGGCCAUUUCAGUGAUUUCCUGUGGGGAAGAUGUCAUCCACUCGCAAGGACUCAAGGUUGCAGAUAUUGAAUCAAUUCAAAGCGAUCAGCUUCUGAAUGAUGUGUUCUACGGUUGCAGCAAUGAUCUCAUGGCAAAAGCAGCUAUAGAAACACCGCUAUCUGAGGUUCUGGAUAUCACAAUUCCUAUUGGUAAUACCAAUGAGAAUCAAAUUCAAGGGAACAAUUCCCUUCCUGAUUUGCCAUUUCAGAAAAGUGUCAGCUCAAGUUGUUUAACCUCAAUGGAGUGGGUGCAGGGUGCUGGUUUUCUGGAUUUUCCUGGAGUGGAUUUUGAAGAAGUUUAUGGGAUGCGAAGAGCAUUUAGCGAAGGAGACAUAAAGACUCUUGGUAAUGGUCACGUGAGCCUCAUCCACUCUCCUAUUGAGCAGCCCGGAAUUAUUGGCAGUUGUACUGCUGUGGACCGGAGGGAAAAGCUUUCCAGGUAUCGGAACAAGAAGAUAAAGAGGAACUUUGGCAGAAAAAUCAAGUAUGCUUGCAGGAAAGCUCUUGCAGACAAUCAACCAAGGAUCCGAGGAAGGUUUGCUAAGACUGAAGAUUCUUCUGACAUUUCCAGGAGGCCAUAGCUACCAACUAAUUCGGUCAGAGGAAAUGGAGUGAACAAAAGUGAUGCAAGAUGGGAUCCUAAGUGGUGUAAACGUGGCCAACAAGGAGUAGUUCGAACGUGUAAACAGGUAACUCCUAGAUAUCAAUUAAUCUGAUGUAACAACCUUGUCUUUAGAUUCUGAAAUGGCCCAGUAGAGUUGUAUAUAGGUUUGUCGAAUAAGAAAGUGGGAAGGAAGCAGGCAUUGUUGAUAAGUUUGUUUAUGAAAUGGCCAUGUAGAUCAGAAAAUGUUCAAAUCGUUCACAGCUUGUUCAAUAUUAUGAUUCAAUAAAAUGGGUUAUUUGGUUCA